GGGAUAUGUAUUCACUUAGCAUUGACUUUUGGGAGGGGCCAAGGAAAAGCUGUAGUUUUAUUGAAUAGGGCUGUGUGUGAGGCUGCUGGUGUGCCUUUCUUGCUGUGCUCCUGCCCAAGCAGCCAGUUAUUCAUUUCCUUCCUACUAGUUGAAAACUUUUCAGCCAGAGUGAUCACCUCUAUUUUCUGGAGUCAUCAUUUUUAUUUCAUCAGCAGCUGGUUUGUUACUGAAAAGCUCCAAAUACUUCCUCUGAUUGCCUUCCUAUUUGGAUCUUUCCAGAGCUCUAAACGCUUGAACACCCACCAUGGAUGACUUUGAACGCCGCAGAGAACUCAGGAGGCAAAAGCGUGAGGAAAUGCGCCUUGAAGCUGAGAGGCUGUCCUACCAGAGAAAUGACGACGAUGAGGAAGAAGCUGCCAGAGAACGUCGCCGACGGGCUCGACAGGAGAGACUGCGGCAAAAGGAAGAAGGAGAUCUAUCAGGAGAAGUAACGGAAAAAUCAGAAGUUAAUGCCCAAAACAGUGUGGCAGAAGAGGAAACCAAGCGUACGACAACCACAGGGGGAACAGAUGAUGAAGCUGCAUUGUUGGAGAGACUGGCAAGACGGGAGGAGAGACGCCAAAAACGUCUACAAGAAGCCCUGGAACGUCAAAAGGAAUUUGACCCAACGAUCACAGAUGGGAGCUUGUCACUGCCCAGCAGGAGAGAAGAAAACAAUGUGGAAGAAAACGAGACCACAGGGAAAGAGGAAAAGGCUGAAACACGCCGAGGACGCUAUGAGAUUGAGGAAACGGAAACGGUUACCAAAUCAUACCAAAGGAACAACUGGAGGCAAGAUGAGGAAGAAGAGGAAAAAAAAGAAGAAAAAGACAAGGAGGAGGUACAGGAGGAGAAACCAAAGGAAGUCCCCAUAGAGGAAAAUCAGGUAGAUGUGACAGCAGGAAAAUCCACAGAUAAAGAAGAGGUAGUAGAAACAAAAAAUCUAGCUAUAAAUGCAGAGGAACACAAAGCAGAGAAUGAUACAAAUGCUGUGCCAGAAGGGGAGCAGAGUAUAACUGAUGCUGUAGAUAAAGAGAAGCUUAGGGAUGAGGAAAAGGCUGAGGAAGAAAGGGAGAAACUUGAGGCAGAAGAAAGGGACAAGUUAAAAGCAGAGGAAGAAAAGAAGGCAGCUGAGGAAAAACAGAAAGCAGAGGAGGAGAAGAGGGCAGCUGAGGAAAUAGAAAGGGCUAAGGCAGAAGAGGAGAAGAGGGCAGCUGAGGAAAGAGCAAGGGCUAAGGCAGAAGAGGAAAAGAGGGUAGCUGAAGAAAAGGCUAAGCUAGAAGCAGAGAAAUUAAAAGAAAAACAAAAGAUGGAAGAAAAGAAAAUAGAAGAUAAACAGGUAAAAGAGAAGAAAGUACAAGAGGAAAAACCUCAAGCAGCUUUCCUAAGAAAACAGGGGGAAGAAAAAGAGGUUAAAGUGGAAGCUAAAAAGGAAAAGUUGCCAGAUGAGAAUCUCCGACCUACCUCCAAAAAAGAUCAGGUAAAAGAUGACAAGGAUAAAGGAAAAGCACCCAAAGAGGAAAUUAAAAGUAUUUGGGAUCGUAAGAAAGGCGUUUCUGAACAAAAGGCACAGAAUGGAGAACGUGAACUCAUUGCCCCCAAACUUAAAUCUACUGAGAAUGCUUUUGGCCGCUCCAAUUUGAAAGGGACCGCAAAUGCCGAGGAAGGAAAGCUGGGGUCUCAGGUCGAGGCUGGAAGGCGGCUAGAAGACCAGCGCCGUCGCCGAGGUGAGAACGAGGAGUUUGAGAAGCUGAAGGAGAAGCAGCAGGAGGCGGCGGCAGAGCUGGACGAACUGAAGAAAAGGCGGGAGGAGCGCCGGAAGAUCCUGGAGGAAGAGGAGCAGAAGAAGAAGCAGGAGGAGGCCGAGAGAAAAGCCAGAGAGGAGGAGGAAAAGAGGAGGAUGAAGGAAGAAAUUGAAAGGAGAAGGGCUGAAGCUGCUGAGAAACGUCAAAAGAUGCCAGAAGAUGGUGCAUCUGAAGACAAGAAGCCAUUUAAAUGUUUCAGUCCUAAAGGUUCAUCUCUCAAGAUAGAGGAGCGAGCAGAAUUUUUGAACAAAUCCGCUCAGAAGAGUGGUAUGAAACCCACCCACACGACAGCAGUUGUCUCAAAGAUUGACAGUAGACUUGAGCAAUACACUAGUGCAAUUGAGGGCACAAAGGCUGCAAGACCAGCUAAGCCAGCAGCCUCCGACCUGCCUGUUCCAGCUGAGGGUGUCCGUAAUAUUAAGAACAUGUGGGAGAAAGGGAAUGUUUUUUCAUCACCCUCUGGGACAGGAACCCCAAAUAAGGAAACUGCUGGACUGAAGGUUGGUGUCACCAGUCGUAUCAACGAGUGGUUAACCAAGACCCCAGAGAGCAACAGAUCACCUGCUCCAAAACCUUCUGAUUUAAAACCAGGAGACGUAUCCAGCAAGCGUAAUCUCUGGGAGAAGCAGUCAGUUGAAAAGCCAGCUUCUUCUUCUUCUAAGGUAUCAGCUAUGGGGAAAAAAUCAGAGACUAAUGCAGGUUUGAGACAAUUUGAGAAAGAACCGUAGAAGGCCGCUAAAGACGCUGGACCAAUCGGGGG